AUGAUCUUUUAUCUGCUGAAAGCGUCAAGUGCUGAUGUAUCGAUGAAUCUCUACGGGAAAGUCAUAAACGUCCUCCUGCUGGUGCUCCUUACAGCGCAAGGUAAGUCCGAAACAGCGCGCUCCUGCCGGAGAUCGUUGCUCGUCUUGCAGAAAGUGGCAUUGUACACAAGACUUUCCUGAUUCCAUCUCUUCCUUUAGGACUCCUGUGAGAAAAGGGCGAUGGUAGCGUGUGUUUGUUGCUUGCUUUUCUUGAAGUUUUUUCUGCAGCGAGCUUCACCUCAAAUUACCGUCUCUGUGCGCUCCUGGGUGAAAUACCAGCAAACAAAUGCGCCGAAUUAAAGCAGCGGAAAGCUCAACGAAAUUGUUUCGGAGCAAAUAUUAACUUUACUUUCUUGUUGAACCGAAGAGGAUGACUUGUGAGAGACAAAACUUGAGCGUUAGUGGCGAAAAGAAACGCUCACUCAUUUGGAGAUAUUACGCCUCGUUUCUGCUGCUCCAUCCAACUCCAGAUUUUUGAUCGAGGGGAAUAACAGUGCGAACGGCGUCUCAGAUAUCCUUUUAAAACUUCUAUAGCCACUGCUGGAGGGGGAGGAGGGCUGAUGUAACUUUGGUGUUUAAUGGGUGCAUUUAAACAUUCACACAGGGUUCAGUUUUAAGGAUGAAAAGCCACGACAUAUUGUAUCAUGCCUUAUACCCCAGCCCCUCCAGCUACUGUGAAGCACUCAUCCAUGCUCAUAACAAACCAGUGCAUGGAUGACAUAUGUUCCUACUGCAGCAGUGUUUAUUUCCUGCCCGCAUCCUCCAGAUGUGGAGGGAUGUGUGCUGCAUUGACUCCACCCUCAGGGGUCAGAGGUCAGGGUUAAGCACCAUCCUCAGCUUCAGUUUGACGUUUUAGAGGUUGCCAGUGGUAACUGAAAGUCUUAAGUAUGUAAAUGCAGAAAAAAUUGGAGGAUAAACUAUGAAAACAAAAACUCUACACUCCCUUGUGGUUUGAUGAUUUGAUGUCUGCAGUUUGUGAAGUCGGAUCAGAGAAGGAGCACUCUGUCAGGUUGUUUCUGUUUCUGUUUUGCUGCCUGUUUGAUCCAUUUCUCUCUUUUCCUUUGUUUCCAAAAUAACCUCUAUGCAUUAGUUAUCUCUUUCUCCGCCUCUUGUUCAUGUAUGGCAGACAGUCUCCUGAGUGCUUUAAAACCGCAGAUUUUGAAGUGGGAUCCUUGAGUGGCUCCCAAAGGACCCGAACCAAAACAAAGAACAGAUAAAUGCAUGAAAGCAACACCAAGUGUUGCAUUCACAUGCUGCUGAAUGCUUAUUUUAUUCCAAGAAUUCAACACUUACACAGUUAUGAAGGGUACACAGUCACUGGUUUCUUUAGAGCACUUCUUUACCGACUAUGACGCACAUCUAUCUAUCUAUCUAUCUAUCUAUCUGAAAGAUAAGACUACUUGCUUUAAAGUUGCGAUACAGUUUUUGGUUGUUACUGUCUGUUUUCCCCUUUGAUUGUCAGUCAAACAGGUUUGGUAAAGACAGUGUAGUGAGUGUCGUUGCUGUGAAAGUAAAGAAACAAAUGUUUCAACUUUUAAAGACUGCAUUAUCAAAACACUGGUUUUUGCCACUGAAAUAUCAGCAGAUAUUUACUGUAUUUAUACUCGACAUUCAGUUAAUCUGAGCAUCAAUGCAAAGAGGAAACAUCCUCUACAACAAGACCAGCAUUUUUGGCCAUUGAAACGUAUUUGUUUGACCAUCAUCAUAGUUCUGAAAUAAAGGUGGUUUUUGGUCAGUGUCCUCCUGAUCUAGUCUAGAUACGUAUUUUAAAACCAACUGAAUAAUUUAAUAUUCAAGUGUAAUGUAUCACUUAAUGGUAGCUUCACAGGAGUCAAGAGCUAAGAUUGAAUGCUUGAUAAUGUUAAAGGAUGCUAUGCUAGUUCAUGUUCCAGGAACAUCUGGUGCAAAACUAAGCUCUCACUGCUUAAUUUAUGUAGCUUUAAUAUGGAUAACACACUAAGUUUCCUUAUUGUUAUAUGUUUUAACUCAGAUUCAACAUCAGAAUCAGGAGUUCUUCUUUUUCUCCAUCUUCAUCUCAUAAUAAUUCAUCUUUAUAUUCAUUUUGGGGCGAGCCUUGGCUAUCUCAUAAGCUGAAUUUCCCUUGAUACAGCUUUUUUCUUUGUUCUAGGUGUCUUAGCCCAUCUGUUUCUGUGUUUAAACUGUAAAAUAGGAGCCAAAAAGUAAGAGCUCACUUCUGUCAGUAUGUUGUUGGUAAUAUGGAUGGUUUGUUCAGUGGAUAAAAUAACUGCUAAUACUAAAAGUCAACAGAUCACAGUGUGAACACCACUGACAUUUUUAGGUAACUGGCUUUGGGUUGAAUCGCUGUGAUGUUUUGUGAAAAUUCUUUGAGUUAUUUAUUUUUCACGUAAGAGCCCCGAGUGCAGCAGUGAGUUUUCCCAGAUGUGUGAUCCCCUGUGGGAGCAACACAUAAGUGCUGUCCUACUGUCACGCUUCAGUCGUCAUGUAAAAGACACAAGUCUCACACAUCCCCGUAACCUGAUGCAGAGUCAGAGUGGAGGGGAAAGGGAUGUGUCUCUCUGCGACACGUGGGAUGGACUCGCUCGUUCUUACUCGCUGUCAUUCUCUCCAGCUGGAGAGAUUUGCUACAGCUGACUGCUUUGUCGUUCUGCCCUUGAACUGAACAAAUUUCAAAAGGAACAAGAAAACAGCGAUGAGAAAGGAUGACAGAGUCAAUACUCGAAGAGGAGAAUAGACUUUGAAAGAGGGUAAAGGAAUAUGCUUAGUGUCCUUGAUCGUUAGAGGUUGUUAACUCGAGUAUUUCUGGGGGGACAACCCCAGAAAGAUGAAAGGGUUUUGCCCUCACUCUCUUUUAUACUCCUCUAUGUCCUCUGCAUCUCCUCUCCUUCAUCCCUCAAGCUGUCAUUGGCUGUGUGGGCUUUUUUGAGGAUUCUGUACAGGGGCUGCACAUGUAGAUAAGUGCUUGAAAAACACACAUUGACACACUAGCACUCCCAUUGGGCGUCUGAUUAGCAGGAUAUAGAAGGUAACGUCUCCUGCCAGCCAGGAUCGGUAGAUUUGUCCCCGUAACAGAGGAACUGCUGAUCCCACCAUUCAUGGGAUUGUGACGUUCAAAAUAGAAUCUGGCUGUAGUGACUUGAAUUUAAGGUGUGAGAGACCUGAGCAGCACUAGACUGCUACUUAAAAAAUGACAUUCAAGAGAAAGUCAAAGCCAUGUAGUAGACUGAAGCGCACAUCAGCAGACAGUAACGGAUUAAAAUUUGUGAAAUUGCAUGAUGCAUUUCCCUGCAGCAUCUUGACUACAUCAUCCCCAGCAGAAAUAGCUGAGAGAGAUGUCCAGCCAUGCCUGCAUUAUACUGAUCUGAUCCGCAUCAUGUUUCAGGCUUUAUCUCACUUGACUGUGCAUUUUAAUAGGCUGCCUCUGUGUGUUGACAGAGUAAAGAGGAUCUUCCUUUUCAAACAAGUUCUGCCUGAGAGAGGAGCAAGUGCAGGCUGCGGAUUAUUCCAAAAAAGAACUUAAACACAGAAAAGGUCCACUGAAUGACUCAAAACAAUGAGGAGAGCUAUACGGCCACUAAAAGACACACAUCAAACACUCUUUCUCUUCAUGAAACCAAUGAAGCUGUUAUCAUAUAAGUCUGCUGGCGUUGCAGCCAGACUUAUAUCAUCCUCAGAGUUUGGAACUACAGAACAACUCCCUGGUUUACCUCCCAGAAGCAAGAGAAUUGCAUUAGAGUCUGACAAGCAGUCAGUGUGUAUGUGUGUGUGUGUGUGUGUGUUGCUGUGGUUUAAGAGCUGUGUGGUGGCUCGAGGAUCCUCUUAACGCGAUUGUCGUGUGAUUAUUGCAACCUAACCCCCCGCUCCUUUCCUCACACACAUGCGACAUCACCACAGGCAGAGGCAGCCCCCCCUAUGGAUUGGGAUAAACCAUCAUAGCCCCCUCAAACCAUCUCUCUCUCUCUCUCUCUCUCUCUCUCUCGCACACACAUACACACACAUAUUCUCUUUCUCGGUUUCACAUGCACUUUCUGAUAUCCUCCUCCAGACAGCCCUGUUGCCUGAUUCCUCUGGGACAUCCUGGUGUUGAGUGCUGGUGAUGAACUGAGUCAUGCAUUAGGAUAGAUAGAGAAAUGGUGAGAAGCAGGAAGAUAGGGAUCGGGAUGAACAAACAACAGAUGCCUCAGAUAAAGGACAAGACAUUCAGUAUUGUACCACCACUUUCAAUACCAUCACGUUCCACUUUGAGAGUUUUUUAAUUGGCUGAACCUGUCCUAUUCCUUUAAUUUUCUUUUAUACGGAGUGUUUUCCCAUGUGUGCUAAGUACUUUGUGUAUGUCAAGCUGAUGCAGGCUAUUACAGGUUUCAUCCUAUCAUGAAAUGUUAUUUAUUAUUGAUGUAUCUGUUUACCCAAGGUUGUUAUCACAUAAAUUAGGCCUUUCAAAUACAGUACAACAGGGUGUACCUACGGACAUGUUUAGUCGUAGCUCAGAGUGUUCAGUGUUCUGGUCGAAGAACAGAAGUCAGGGUUCGACUCUUGUAAACUUUGAAGGUUUAUUAAUGGGAAAUGCACCCCCUCCCCACUGUUUUGUAUUAUAUGACAGAUAUCCACUUAAGUUAGCAUUCUUAAGUCUUUCCCUUCUCAAAUUUUAGAUUUAAUAGUUCUUUGGAUUCAGAGGCCUACUGGUCUAGAUUUAGUAGAUUUAGAUGGGAUAAUGUUUGGUAGGGUUGUCCUGAUACGAUGACAUCAGAUAUCAGUCCAAUAUCAACAAAAAAAAAAAAAUCAAAUAUCGGAUUAUAUCGACCUGCAUUUAAAAUCUUCGAUAUCAGCACUCCAAUACAAGCAGUCCAUUCCAGGCUCUGCUCCAGCACCUCUAUCUAGCAGCACCCGAAUCCAGCAGGUAGAGUCCAUGUGAUCGUAACAACAGAGUGUACUAAGGUACUAACAAAGUACCAAGGAGUAGGAGUGAUGUUGGCCCUGUGGCAGCAUUUUACAUUUAAGUCCGAAAAAGAAGAGUCCAAAAGUCCAAAACUUAUCAUGCACAAGUUUGUGCUAAAAUCGGAUUAAAAUCGAUGUCGGACAACCCUGAAGGCUACAAUAUCGGUAUCGUAUCGGAGGUAAAAAAGUUGUAACAAGACACCCCUAAUAUUUGGCUCAGAUAUUGUCAUGUUUGAGGUUGACCAGUUACAGUAUUUCAAUGGCCAAUGCCGAUAAUAAUGAGAGAACAGGUUGGACGAUGGUAUGAAUAUGAUAUAACAAUUUAAAAAUACUCACAAAUGAAAGCAUAAUGAACAUUUUAUGAAGUAGGUUUAGAUGGGAUAAUAUUUUGCUCAGUACUGGUUUCUUCUCAUGUCAGGAUCAAAGUUCUUCCUUUGAUAAUUCUAAAAAUGACAAACUGCUCAAUAAUAAUAUUUAACACCAAUUACAAUUGCUAGAAAUACGCAAAAUCGUCCUUAAUGUUUCAGUUGAACGUGAGCACUUCCUGCUCAGAAUCCAUCAGUGGCCCAGAGCGGCACAAAAGUAAGCACUCCAUUGAUCCAUCCAUCCUUUCACCCAUUUUCCACUCACUUAACCUUGUCUGGGUCAGUCGCCCCACAUUCUUUCUUUAUGAAUUUCCUUCCUCUUUAUGGAUCCUCCAAUUUUUCCAGUCAGAGAGGAAAAUUAAACUCCUUUCAGUUUUCCUGGGCUUUUCUUCAGCAAUUAUCUUUCCAAUUUGUUGGCGGUGAGUCAGAGUGAGGAUGUUUCUUUAUUUGCUUCUUUAUUUAUUUUCAUAUUGACUGACUACCAUCGGUUUGAAGAGUAGGAGCUCAUCCUGCCUCAGUUUUUAACUCCACCUUUUAGAAUAACUCCACCUGUCAAAUAAUGUGAUCUAGUGUUUCCAUUAUCUCAUUGCUUUACCACCACUCAGAGCUUGAGGCUAUUGGUGAGGGUAGAGCCAAGGAUUAAGUGGAUAAUUUAUGUCUACUCACUACCUUUGAGCAAUGCUCAUAUUACCUGGAGGGUUUGGAAAGAUGCUGUCAAGACCAUAUCAGUUCCUUGACUUAAAAUAACCACUAUUUUUCGUUACUGGUUGCAACUAACCUUUUUCUCUUUGACAAGACAGAGAUCAAUAAUCAUUCUCUGCACUAUUGUUUGCAAGGACUAGCUCAGAUGUGUGUGUUUGUACAGAUGACACCAACAUAGGUCCCAUGGGUUGCUGUGGUAACUAUGUGGGCGACAGAAACUGUGAAGAUGACACGGCUCACCGUUGUUGUGACAUGUAUCUUGCUCUCCAAAUUGCCAUCAUGUCUUGAUGCAGAGUAUUUCUGUUGCACCAGAUGAUCUAUAUAUGGAGGUAGUCUACCGGCUGCAGCAGCUCAGAUUCAGUUUUUCUGGAUAUAAAUUUAAAAGCUUCUUUGGGUUUCUGGACUGGUAACCAGCUUCAAAAGCUGCUAGGAUUUGAUCUUCGGUAAUAUCCUUUCAUACAUUUUCUUGCAGUUAUGAGAUCACCAACUUGUAUUUAAUUUGAUAUUAAAAUAUUGAAGGAUUUGUGCUGGCAUUUUGCUCAAGGUAAAACUAGCUGCUGAUGCGCCUGACAUUCAGAUUACAUUCUGUUUACUACCCAAACAUAUCAAAAAUACCACAGUCCGUGCAGUCUUAAUGCUUAACACUCUUAGCUUGUUCGAGAAAGGGUAUCUGAGACCUUUACACAAGUAAACUACAUGUUAUUGGAAUAUUUGCUGUUAGACUAGCUGUAUUACAUUAACAGUGAUACAAUCAGUACAACUUCAUGUUUAGUUUAGUUGAGCUACAGCUCUGACCUCUAAGCCACGUACCAAAACAAUCAGCAAACAAGUCAGUAAGAAGCUAACUGGUUAUAUGUUGGUUAGUGAAAAUGUCACCUAUGUCAACAUUAUCACCUAUCAUACACACAAUGUAACAGGCUAGCUUUGUUUUGUUUAGUAGUGUGAUUUUUUAGAUGUUUUUAAAAAGCCGACCCAGUAUGCUAAAUUUUCAGUGUCAUGUAUUAAGACAGAAUGAUAGAAAUUACUAAAUUACUAAACAGAAAAUAGGUAUCAGUGUUAUGGGCUAUGAUCCACCAUGUGGCACAUAAAAUCUGUUAAAUGUUUUGGUGCUGAAAAAUCCCUCUUGAGUAAGACUAUUGCAUGCCAAUAUUGAUAUCACAUUUGCUCUUUCCCAGUUGCUCCUAUUACAGCCUUGGUGGAUGUUACCACCGGGUACUAUUAGCGCACAGACCAUAUAAACACCUGAAAUCUUCAAUUGGAAUGACUUCAGUCGGAAUAAAAAUAAAGCGUGCGUGUCAUCACAGCAAAUGCUGCUGGCAUGCAAGAUCGUCAGGCCUCCUCCAGCCUCGCUGCAGGAGAGAUAAGUAGACCUUUUCUCUUACUACUACAUAAGCAGCAGCUGUGACUACAGUGCUUUGGAAACAGACACAACUUCUUACUUCAGGCAAGACAGAACUUCAAAACUUGGUUUCUAUAAGUGAUGCAGUUGCAACAAUCGAUGUUUACUUUCAUAACUUAUCUUUCUCCGCUCUUUACCUGGUGGGCUGCCAUUUAUUUACCAAAGCUAUAAAGGGCAGCUUCAUUUCUUCUAACCAUUGUUUUUCUAUAUAUAAAAAAAAAAACAUUUGAAUUUUAAUUUGAGUUCAUGAUCGUUUCCACAAUAUAGCAUGCUUACCUUGGGGCAACAACAACAACAACAACAACAACAACAACAACAACAACAACAACAACAACAUCAGAGCUAAUCUGCGAAGAACUAUAAACAAGAAUCUAACAGUGUUUUCUCUAUCUAACUCAUUAUAACAACAUCAGUGAUCUUCAAUAUUCCUUCUUUUUGGAUAAAAAUGUAAAUGUAUUUGUUUUUAUAACAUAUGCAGAUAAUCUGACCUCAAAAUGUCCACAUCUUUUCAGAUGAAAUCAUGUAAGCCAGAAUUUCAUGCAUCAGUGGACCACAUAUCAUAUGCUGUUUAGAGUAAGUCGAGUCAAAGGUGAGUGGACACAGUACAGAAAUUGGAACAUGUGCAUUCACACAGGCACACACAUAAUAACAUGUAUGUCGAGUAUAUAGGCAAGCCGUGAUACAAGAAGACAUGGGUUACAGCAUGCACCAUAUGUUUAAUGGAACGGCCACAGCUCAUGCAGUAAUCUGUGGAUCCUUUUGUGCGUCAUUCAAUAUGUCACAGUCGGGGCAUCAAAAACCCUGGAGAGUGAAGACACGCUAUCGAGCUUUUCUCUGCUUGUUCUUGCUGCCACUUUUCUCUUCAUAUCGCCUCUCUCCCACCCUCUCUUUGUACCCCUUUCCCGUGCUCUAACACACACUGUCAGCAGUGUAUUAUUGGAGGGUAAUUAGUUCCUUCAGUGUCCACCACUGGCUCCCAGGCUCAUCCUGUUAAGCACAUGCCUGAUCAAAGAGCUUCCCACAGGCCAUGGGUCUAUCUGCAGCUUUUAGGCUCCUGAAGCCACUUUAAAAGAGACAGACUCAAUGUUUGGUUUGCUAAUUCUAAAUCAAUGCAGCUGUUUAAAGGUGAAACGCAUGAGUGCUUGACUUAGCGUCGUUUGUGUCAGAGCAAAGCCUCUUUGCUUUGUUUCAACACAAGACAGACAGCAGAAGGAAAGAUGUGUCAGUUUUGAGCUUCCCUCUCGAGCUUUGUGUGAGUGAACUGAUACCAAACAAGACGCACUCAGUUCAGAAUGACUUUGGGAGCAAUUUUUGACAACCUCAAUGGUAACUUUUUCGAGGAGCAACAAUCUUGACAGACAAUCAUGGUCCCCAGAUGAUGCAUCUUUACGGUUUCCGUAACCCGCUGACCUUUUUUUUUUCAUUGCAGGACAAUGAAACACUGAGAUUUUUUAAAAGGACAAAUAGAGGGAUCACCAAGAUAACAUUUAUCUUCUCUUCUUGAUGAGUUGUAAUUUUUCUUACCACUACCAUCAGGUCAGAAUUAUCUUGUCCAAUUCUUGAGUUUAUGUUUCCAAAACCAACUUCAGCCAAUGUUAUCAGCACCACUCACUGGUUACUCACUUGCAGUUUGACCAGUGGAUUCACACAAUCAAAGGCCCAUAUGACUGUUUUCUUUUUACUCCUCCACACUCUCCUGCUCAAUUUCUGACCAUUACAGGCUUCCACUAGAUUUCAAUACAGUCUAUUAAAGAACCCAGAGCUGGAGUGCAAGCUACAAACGCAGCAACUGUCAGCCAUACAUAGACUGUGUAUACUAUGGACAGCUUGGUUCCGCCUUCCGCCAGCAUACAGAUUUGAAGCCAAAAAGCUCUCGGUAUUUCCAUGUUUUUUCUCCAUUUCCUGAAACCAACAUUGCGCAGUAGCGUUGUACGCAUUCAGAGGGAGAGUCGCUGCGAUGAUGCUCGGCUCAAACAGUAUGCAGUGUCAAUAAUAGAAAACAUGAACCCCCUAAUAACUUUUAAAAACGGAGCUUCACAGAAAAAAGAGGACUUGAGCACAAACCAGUUUUACAGUAACUACAUGUCAACAUUGCAAGCAGGGGGGAGAAAAAUUCAUAUUCUGUGUAAUACAUUUCUAAAGUUAGCUGGCAGAGACGGCACCUGUACUGCAGCCCGUCACCAGGGUGUGCGGUUCUCAGGGUAGCUUCACCCAGCGAGGAGGCAGACAGCGUCCAUUCUUUAUACAGUCUAUGGCCCUACAGUAGACGGAGGUUUUGGUCAGUGCUAGUGUUUCAGAAAAAUAACCAAACUUUCACAAACAACAUAGUAAAACACAAUUUUUGAAUGACAGCCUGUAUUAUGUUGGGUUUUUGCCUCAAAUCAAUAAUUUAUCACUUAUCACUCAUUUAAAUGGGAAAUAUGGGUAUGCUAUCAAACUGAAUCAAGUGUUAAAUAUGUAGAAUAUCAUUCCUGCAGAUUUUCAGUGUGUAAGUAUUGCAAAUGAAAAACAAUAUGAAUAAAGAUAUUAGCAGUGAGUUCAAAAGCCCUGCAGUGUUAAGUUCAACCACGCACAGAUGCCAGCAUUAUGUAUUUAACUGGGCAUUUUGGUUGACCUCUUGGCCUUUUUGUACAGUAAACACCAGCUUUGUAUAAUUAACCAGAGCAUUUCAAACCUGUUUUAAAUCAUAUUUAGCCUGAAUUGCCCUCGUUUAAACUCCUGAUUGAUUUCUGCAGGACAGAAAUAACGCAUGUGUAAAUCUGAGGUUUAUGAAUCAUCCUUAACCAUUCUGAAAAAAGUUGCAUAACUGAGUGCCUCUUAACUGUGCUGACAUUAAGGGUACAAUAGUGCCCAGAAUCCACUUAAGUAAAAGGUCAAAGUUCAUAAUUAACUGCCUUCAAAUUAAGAUUACGUAAAUCUUUAGUGGCAGGACAAAGAAGGGAAUUGGGGGCUGACUGUGGCAAGAGAGGAAAUAAAGAUACAGGCUUAAUUUUUUUAAGUCACAGCGAACAAAAGGUCCAAUUAAUUGACUGAUUAUAAUUGCCCUGGUUUCCUCUUGGCCAAUUAGAGGCUUAAACAAGGUUCUGGGAGUACGGCGAAUCAGGCAGCGGCGGGCAGUUUUCAAGUCAGGUACCAAGAGCUGAAAUUAUACAAGCGUCUCAGGAGGGAGGCCUUUUCAUUAAGCUUCAAGACUCAACUUGACUCUGCCAAUGACCUCAGAAAACUUCUGGAGUGUUCUGAAGCCACUGUGGUUCAACUUCUUAUCCAUUGUGUAUUACAGCUGGAUCAGACAAGCUUUAAUAUAUUGUUAGUUAGUUAACUUUUAAGGACAAUUCUGCCUGUAAAAAAAUGAGACCAACAACUUCAUUAAGCAAAGUUAAAGCAGCGGAAAAUAUUUGAUGGAAUAAACAUGAAUGUGGGAAAGGCUGUGACCUGAUUUUUUAUUCACCUCAGUGGACCUGAACAGCUUAUGCCCCCGCAAUCUGCACCUUGUGCGUGCUGUGUGUGCUCAUUCUGAACCUGAAAAUGAGUGAGACUUACAGUGUUGAGUUAGAUCUGACAAAAAAUAAACUCAAAUGUACUGAUAAUGUAGGAAUAAUUGUGAAAUCACAUUAUUAAUGCUUUGCUGCCGUCUUUUGUUAACAUUUCAGAUAUGACCUUUGCGUUUGUCCACUCAAACUCUUGUGUGGAUUUGCAUGCAUGUUUUUGUUUGAUCAGUGUUUUAUGUGCUCCAGAUUCAAUGACUAUUUAAGUGGUUUAAGUGUUUUUAUUUACUUUUUCUCAGUGCACAUAUUCAGACAAACCUCUCUUAAAUCAAUCCCAGAUUUUGGCUGAAACCUGUUAAAUGUACAAAGCUUUAGGAGUAUGUAUUUUUAUGCAUUAUCAUUCCUCAGUGCUUGAAAUACAUUAUAAACAAAUAAUCCUUCGCAUGAGGAAAAGGGUUAAACUUCCACGACACUGUUAUUUCCCUGAUCUGAGUGAAACCAGACAGAGUUUAAUCUGAGAUGUCUGUGAGAUACUCAUUUUAACCCCCUAGUGGGAAUAAAAGGACACAGUGCUUUAUGAGUUUACUGUACUGACAGUGAAUAUGAAAUAUUUGUUUGAGGGUAUAGGAUUUUCAAGAAAGAAAAGAUACUUCACUAAAGUACCAUCCCGUCUGAUGGUCCUUUUCCCUCUAGAUAUGUGAAUGUGCCAGCCAAAGACAGGUACAUAACUGAUACUGAAGUACAGUACACAUUAGGUAGAAAAAUAAAGUCAAUACCCGUGGGUAUGGAUGAAGGUUCGGCUAAAAAAACAUAUCGUCAAAGUACACCAUCCUCUCAUUUCUGAGCAUAAAAAACCAACCACCUACUGGGCUGAUUUUUACAGCCCAGUCAUUCAAGCUUUGUUCUUCUAGUUUCAUAAGUUUUGUAGGCUGCAAUGAAUCAUCGCAGGUUAUAUUUCUAAUUUAUAUUUCAUAUGAUUUAAACUGUUGUAAGAGUGUACAAGAUUGCAAACUUUGUCCUCUCAGUUCUAUUUAACUCUUUAUAUAACUCAGGCGUUUUUAAAUUUCAGUACAAGGACAUGAAAAAAACUACUUAUUACAACAGGACAUAUUAAAAAAUAAUAAAGGGUGUAUAAAAACAAUCAGUUUUCUUUUGCUACUGUUUUUUUCAGGGUACACUGACUCAUAUAGAGUGAAAGAGUCCAUGUUUUAUUCAGCUGAAAGGUAACCUUUACAGGUUAUUUGUGUGUGCCCUAUAUGUCCUUCCAGCGAUGCAUGUUCUUCGGUUUUCUGAUCUUUGUAAGAGGAAUAUUGAUGGUCCUGGCUGCGACAGAUAUCAACGGCAUUAUUUCCUAGAUUAAGGUUUUGAUGGAAGAGAACAUCCCAGGGAAUAUUUUUUCUAAUUUUACUUUAUAUAGCUGCUGUAACAAUUUUGACUAAUCAGCUUUAAUUAGUCAGUUGAAACACAGGACACUUGUAUCUACUGCGUCACUUCUCAAAGGGUAAAGGUUAAAAGGCAAGAGAAUUGGAUGAAAGUGUGGAGGAUGUUGAUAGAGGAGAGAUUGCGUGCUUCUCUGUGCAACGCUGUUCUAAUGUAUAGAGGAUUUUCAGCCCUUUGAAGCCACUGGCAGAGUGUUUCAGAGGUUCUGCUGGUGGUGUGAGUGUGUGCCGUCCCAAGUGGGGCCACAUUUUCUGCUUGGACAGGCGUGGAUCUCUGUGCCAUCCAAGGCACCAGUGUUACUACUGGCAGUUUUCCACAGUAUGACCUUGGGUGCAGCUACACUUCCACAGACACACUCUAGCUAAAGGCAAACCAAUCCUUUUUUCCCCCUUGAAGCUUAUUGUGUUUGUACAUUUUUUUUUUUUUUUUAAAUCUCGUGGGCUUUUCAUUUUCUUACAUAAGACACCAAAAUAUCUCUCGAAACAGACUUCUGUCACUUUCUACCCUUUCUACACAAACACACAUUGGUUUAGUUUUUGAAGAGCAUCAUUCAUAUUAAACUAAGACGAUGUUUUAUUUUACCGUAAUGAAAACAGGUUUUUUUUAGUUCGUCUGUAGCAAAGUAAAGCUGGAACAAUCAGUUUUGGGAGGCUUGCCUUCCAGUGACUUUGCUUCCACAUCAAUAUUAAUGUUGUAAUCAAAGAAAAUGUGAAACGACAAUUACCUUUAACUAGGGCUGGGGGAUAAAACGAUAUUGAUAUAUUGAAAAUUAAUUUCCCUCAGUAUCAACAUAAAACAUAGUCGAUAUGCUUUUCAGUAGUCGGCAUUCUGCCAUGUUUUGGUAGACCAUACAAAUACCCAAUGAAAAGGGGAGUUGCUCUAGGUCUGCUUCAUGCUGAACCAAUCAUGCAUGAGCUGAAUUAAAACCAAGUAGCAAGUAACUGUUCAGUAGCAGGCUGCAGCUACACGCAACCAUAGCGCUUUAACACAUGACGCCGACAACACUGUCGGUGACAAAAAAAGAAAAUGAGUGCUCCCUCAGCAGAAACGCAGAUGAAGGCUCAACAGAUGAUGACACUGGCGACAACACUGGCACGAAAAUGUCAGUGGUGUGGAUUUUUUUUUUUUUUUUUUAGGUCGGGCAUGAAGCAGAGUCAUGUGCACUGCAAAUUAUGUCUAGUACAUGUUCUCGCAAAGUCGGGGAAUACCUCAAAUCUUUUUCACCACCUGAAGCAGUGCCACAUGACAGAGCAUGUGCAAUACAAAAGGUUACAAACUCCAAGCGGAGCAAGGAGCCCAUGGCGCCUGUGCAGCCGAAACAGCCGACCAUUCCACCUUCUCUAGCGCAACGCCUUAUGGCAAAACGUCGACGGGACACGAAGACCUCACAGAUGCAGCAGCUUAUUGUACUGCAGAAGACAUACUACCAAUAAGAACUGUUAAAUUUCAUUUUUUAUAUUGUGAUAUAUUUCGAUUUCGACUGAUAUGAAAAAAUAUACCAUGAUAAAUUUUUUCCCAUAUCACCCAGCCCUACCUGUAACUAAUAAUAAGAACCCAAAACGUAGUAAAACCCCCUAUUAACAGAGUUAACAUGCAGUCCUUUUAAUAGUUCGAGCUCUGGGUUUCAUGUUACAGAGCAAUGAUUUCCAUUUAUUCCUCAUGGUGCUGCGAUAUCCAGAAUCAAAUUCGACCACUGCUGUAAGGCUGUUGACUAGAACUCCUUUAAAGGAUUAUAAGGUCUUUGACACUGUUGUGGUUUAUUUGUUUUAACAGGAUGUUUCACAUCGAAGGGGGAGGACAGACUAUUCCGAAGGUUGUUCAGGAGGUACAACCAAUUCAUCCGACCGGUGGAGAAUGUAUCAGACCCAGUCACUGUGGAGUUUGAGGUCUCCAUAUCUCAGCUGGUCAAAGUGGUAAGAGUACUCAGUCGAGUAAUUGUCUUAGAGAGGCAAUAAAUAAUUAAAGGAAAAGGGAUCAUCAUCCUCUUUUCUUAUACUGUUUAAUUUGUCUUAUGUCUUCUAACAGGACGAGGUCAAUCAGAUCAUGGAAACCAAUCUAUGGCUGAGACAUGUGAGUGGUGUACAGACUUCCUCUGUUUGUCAUUAUUCCCUGUGAACUGUGCUGAAGUUUCUCUCUCUCUUAGGUCUGGAAUGACUACAAACUGAGAUGGGCCCCUGUUGAGUUUGAUGGUAUUGAGUUCAUCCGAGUCCCGUCAAAUAAAAUAUGGAGGCCAGACAUCGUCUUGUACAACAAGUAAGUUUUUGUGCUGCAAAGACAGAGACGCUUCACGCCUGGGUUUCUUUUCCAUAUUUUUUCAUGUUCUCAAGCGAAUUUUCUGGUUGAUGUGUGUCAUUUUCUACACACUGAGGGGAGGCUAAUGCAUAUAUUUACAUAUACAUUACCCAUUAUCCAUUCAUCACUAAUUUGAAGAUGUAAAUUAGUCUGGAAACACCCAUUGCUGAUUUCUAGGCCAUUUUAAUUAAAAACCUCUGCAUGCAAUUUGACGGUCCUCUUCAGCUGAAACAACAAAAUGGGAUGUAGUGGUUUGUCUGUGACAAGCGCACUACCUUACUCUGAAUGUUUCGCAUCAGCUGCAGUUAUCUUGAUUAUUAACAGAGAGUACUUCAUCCCUGGUCACUGAGUGAAAGUGAGCAGGAAUAGAUUUUGACUGGCCUGACCAAGUUGGAAAUCUGUCUGAGUAGAAGGGAAUCAUCUAACGGAGUAAAUAAAACAUGGGAUCACUGUUAAUUCAUCUGUUUUUUAGGCUAACGCAACGACAAACUGCAGUGUAGAUAGUCAUGUCACACAUCUCAUCACCAUUUAUGUUUUAGCCAUCAAUAAAAGGUUGUAUUCAGUCCUUAUUUGUAGUCACAUGAUGUGGUCUAAAUGUAGAGUUAGCCCUCGAGCCACUCCGCUCUUACAUUAUUUAUUUGCGCUCUCUAUUUUCUGACCUUUUGAAUUAAAUGUUGCAAUGGCCUUAAAGUGAAAAGACAUUUUCAUCCCCGCCAAAAAUGCUCCCUUGCAGUGCUGUCGGUGACUUUCUUGUGGAAGACAAGACCAAGGCGCUACUGAAGUUUGAUGGCACCAUCACCUGGGUCCCUCCAGCCAUUUUCAAAUCCUCCUGCCCCAUGGACAUCACCUACUUUCCCUUUGACUACCAGAACUGCUCCAUGAAGUUUGGCUCCUGGACCUAUGACAAGGCCAAGAUCGACCUGGUGCUGAUUGGCUCAAAGGUCAGAAAUAGGUCAUAGCUGCUCAGAAAUGCCUUUGUGCUAAUUGUAGAAAUCUUGAAAAGAGGUGUGUUCAUUAAUAAAUAUCCACAUUUUUUUGCUCCUGUUUCUGUUCUCUUUAGGUGAACCUGAAAGACUUCUGGGAAAGUGGGGAGUGGGAGAUCAUUGAUGCACCAGGGUACAAGCAUGACAUCAAGUACAACUGCUGUGAGGAGAUCUACCCAGACAUCACCUACUCCUUCUACAUCCGCCGCCUGCCUCUCUUCUACACCAUCAACCUCAUCAUCCCCUGCCUCCUCAUCUCCUUCCUCACGGUGCUGGUUUUCUACCUCCCGUCUGACUGCGGCGAGAAGGUCACCCUAUGUAUCUCUGUCCUCCUGUCCCUCACUGUGUUCCUGCUGGUCAUCACUGAGACCAUCCCUUCAACGUCUCUCGUCAUCCCUCUGAUUGGAGAGUACCUCCUUUUCACAAUGAUUUUUGUCACCCUCAGUAUCGUCAUCACUGUGUUUGUGCUGAACGUCCACUACCGCACCCCAAUGACUCACACUAUGCCAGAGUGGGUGAGGACUGUAUUCCUCGGGGUUCUGCCCAGGGUGAUGCUGAUGAGGCGGCCCAUCGACCAGGGCUGCUCCUCGCCUGCCAUCACAGCAGGAGGAGGAAGCAUCGCAGGAAACAAGAAGAGAAAGAACAGCAUAGGAGGAGGAAGUAGCUCGACAAGUGUGAGCGUCGGGGGUAUAACUGGGGGUGUAGCGUGUCCACCUCUUGAUGGUGGUGCAGGAGGAGGGUCCACCUCAGCAGGUGGUCCCAUGAACUGUGUGGAAUACGGUGAUUUGAACCGUGACAAGAAGCGGGAUAUGAACAGGAGGUUCCCCUACAGAGGCAAGGAAGUACCCACUCCUGUUCCUCCUCCGAUGGUGCCGCCUCCCCCGCCUCCGGCACCCCAAGGCCAGGGGUCCCAGGAGUCAGAGCUGCCCAAGCUGCCAAGGCAACUAAACACACCGUCUCCUGUCAACGCUGUGGUCGCCUUCUCUGUGGUGUCACCGGAAAUCAAGCAGGCGAUAGAGAGUGUGAAGUACAUCGCAGAGAACAUGAGGACUCGCAACAAAGCCAAAGAGGUACAAAACUAAGCUUGUCAGUAUUGUCGCACAGAAACCUUUUUUUAAAGAGAUGUUCAGGGACAGGUUUGUAAUGUAAUUGUCGUAACAUACAUUUUUUUUUUUUCCUUAUAUUAUUGCUCUUUUCUGACAUUUUACACCAGAAAACAGCUUAAAAGAAAACCCCCAAAUUUACGAACAAAAACAGUCUCUAGCAGCAUUAUUUCUUUUUUUGAUCUGUGCAUUGUUGGGAAAUACAGUUUCUUUUCUUUGUUUCUGAAUUAGAGUAUCUGAAGGGACUUAGAAAUACACUGUGGAUUUUCACUUUAUUUUGGGAAGUAGCAUCUCAUUUUUGAGUCAAGGUCUGGCUCAGCAGGGGUCCAAUAACAGUGUUAUACCUUCUUGAGCUCAUAGUAGUCUGCCUAAUGAAGCAACUGAGUGAGUCUUUGGAGCUGGCUGUAUGCUGAGAUGGGUAUUUAUAUCACAGUGAGUAGUAUUGUUUGGUUAUAGGUUUUAGUGGAGUACAAGACCAUUCACCUAUUCCACGAAAAGGUGAACUCAUGGCAACCUUUUUCAUUUGUAAGAACAUAACUUAUGUUUUAAAAAGCUGAAUUCAUAAUGUGUCUUUCCUCUACCAUUAAACAGCUAACUGAGGGAUUAUAUAGAAAAUAUGACACUGAGAAAGCAAUCAAAGUGGCACAAACACAAGAUGUGUGACAGACAGCCUCAAGGCCAUAGUCAUCAAAGUUGACACAAUGGCGUUUAUUUUAACCUUGCAACUGAAAUAAGCAGUGCUCUAUGUGAGCAAUUUUGUGUCCUCAAGAUGUACACAGAACCAGAAAAAAAAAACACUCAUUGCACGUGUUAUCUCUUUAGAGUGAGAAUUUUUCUACCUAGAUUUGUGAAUGCUGUAAAAAAGCCUUCCAUAGGGCUAUAAUGGGAGCGUAAAGCUGCUUGCUUGUUGCAGAUGGAGAGCUUUGCUUACGCCUCCUGCACACACUGGAUGGCCCUGAUAUGUUUGUUGCUACAGCUCCAUCUUUUCUUAGCAGAGCAGGGAUCUGUCUUUGAUGCAUACAGAAUAGCCACAGUGCCUCCUGUAAAGGGGCACAAUGGCAUUAUGGUCAGUGCAGCUAUGAUCCUAUUGUCCACACCUGACUGAGGAACACUCAUUAUAUAUACAGACACACAUCGUAUUUACCACAGUAGCCAGAUGCAUGGCAGAAGAUCAACUUACAUACUGUACCAACACUCAAGGUCUUACAGUUAUUGUGAUCUGUCAGGUUUCAUUUUCACUGUUAUUAAGCAAGAAUCUCUCAAAGAAUUGUGCAGCAGAGAGGGAGAGAAAGGUAGAGCAAAAAAAGAUGGAGACAAAGAGAGGUAAAGAGAACUAAACAGACAUGGAGCUUGAGAGAAACUAAGCGAAAGGGAGAGAGAAAAAUAAUGAGGGGAGAGAGAAUCACAGAGAAGUGAAAGAAGAAAUAUGGAGGAAGGUUAAGAGCGAUAGAGGAUUGUGUGUUUGAGAGGGAAAAGAGAAAAGAAUAGCAAGAGAGUGACAAAGAGAGAGAAAACUGUGAGGUGGGAGGUGAAUUUUUCUGCCUUAGAUCUUUGUUCUGUACACACUGAUUUUCCUUUUCUUUCUUCAGGUGGAGGAUGACUGGAAAUACGUGGCCAUGGUCAUCGACAGGAUCUUCCUUUGGGUUUUUGUGACGGUGUGUGUGCUGGGAACACUGGGACUCUUCCUCCAGCCACUCAUCAGCUUUUUAAAAUAAGACACUUUUCUCUUCCUCCUCUCUUUCUCUCUCUCUCUGUUUUUUGUCUACUUCAGCCUGACUCUGCACCCCUCUUUGAAUUACUUUGGGAAUUAUCCCUCCUGCUGCUCUUUCACAUCACACAACCAAGAUGUCUUCUUUCUACUUUCCUUUAUAUUUUUCCUUUUUUCUUCCUCCUUCUGAGUCUAAUUCUUCUCUGGUUUUCUCCAACCAGCCAACACUUUUAGCCUUUGGCUGUCUGUUCCCUCACAUGACUUACCCUCAUUUCCUUAUUUCUCCUUUGCCUUGCCCUGUCAAUUUGCACACAUUGCUGUUAUCCAGUCUCCUCCUCUUCAUCACAGUUUUUUUUCCCAACAUCUGUUUUCCUCUCCUUUUCUUUUCUUUUUUUUCUUUCUAGUGCCAUGUUUGACCUGCCACUGCCUGCAGCUUUCUCUCUCAUUGUGUUCAUUAUUGUCAGCAUUGACAUUCUGUGUGUUUACCUCAAUCUGUCCACACAGAUAUCAUCAUUGCACUGUCUAAUAUUGUGUUUAACAAUGUCGUAUUAAAAUGAUAAUUACUGAGGGAAAAGGAUAUUUGAAAAUUGCAAUUAUUGAGAAAGACCCUCAAUAUUUAUUUGUGUUUUGCAGCACCACUUUGUGAAAUGUUACAAUAAAGACUAAACAGUUUGGAGAAAUAUCAUACUGUAUGCCAGUGUAUAUUUUUUUUUAACAAACGGCAGAUUCUUUAACAUUGUCUGAAAGCUGGUAAUGGCAUACAGUAUAUGAUGUGACCUGGAAAAAAAGUUGAAUUUCUACCACUUUCAUUUUUGCUGUCAACUUGUGUUUACGCUUGUAAAAUACGAGCAAUUCAUGCAUGGCUAAUGAGGACACUGGCUAUGGCAGUACAAACGUGUGUUUUCCUCCUGAAAUCACUCAAAGUAUGUUUAUGCAUCACACAUGAAUUCACAGCCUCACUGUAAACUGAAAAUGUAUAGAGACACUUUGAAUCACAUGAUGUAGAAUAAACUUGUAUGAAAUCCUAAAAGAGGACAAACUGUGUCAAGUCAAUCCUAUCAAUAAAGAGGAUCCUGCACAGCUGCUUCUGUCUGCUGGGGUUUUCUGUGCUGCUUUAGUUUCUUUCUACAGUCAGUAUGAAGCAGAGGUAAUCUAUACCUCCUGCUGAGACUAGCUUAAACAAGCUUAAAAGCAAAAUUGUGGAGAUUGUGGAAACCUAAAAAACUGUAAAUAGUUUACAUUCAAACCUACCAACAUUAUGCAACAAAAACAUAUGAACAUAUUUGGCUGUUGAGCUCAUUAAGUGAGGUCAAUAAAGGAAGGCACAGUCUCAGAGGCACAGAAAUUCAGAUGUGUUUAAGGUGGUUUCUCCAAAAGAGAGAAAAGACUUCAAAAGUCUGAAGAGUCUGAAUUACUUCAAACAAGCCUUCAAGUUUGUCUGUUGUUGGCAAGCUUAGGAAGCAUUCAUCUUUAUUUAGUUAGAAAAGCUCAGAUUUGCAUAAAUGCAGAAGCUCUAUUGUUGGUUUUCCACCUCUGGAAGUGUUACUUCACAGCAAACACAGCAGCUGAUCUUUAGACGGCAGAUGGGCAAUUCUCGUGUCUGCUUCCUCAUUAUAUAACAGUCUUUAUGAUUGAAAACCUGUUAUUAAGUGGAUUUUUUCUCUUUUACUUGAAGCACAAGUGACCCUAACAUAUAUUGAAAAUAAUCAUGAGGCUCCUCUGAGAAAUGUGCGAGGAACUGAGUGAAUAUUGCUCAGUCUUUCAAACACAAUAAAUCUUUGAGCAAGACACUUCACCACCAACUGGUGCAGCUGAGCCCCACGAUUAUGUGACCGGAUCUGGAGCGGGCAGGUGGUCAUGAUUCUGCAUUACAGGAGGUAUAAUCCUGUGAGUUUGUGGCCACUGGCCACUUCAAAUAAAAAAGAGAAAAAAAAAAAGAGAGCGGUGUUCGAAUGAUGAGGGUAUGUGAUUGAAAAUGAAAAGUAAAAAAACUGGCAGGGGGAGAAUGAUGAGAGAAAAAGUGAGGUGAGAGAGAAGUAAGAGCGCUUCCUUCUCUCGAUCAUCCAGUACAACAUGUGAAUUAAUGCUGACACUGCACUUGCCUGCCUGUACAUCUCAUACUGGUGGUGUGCCAAGCAAAGGUUCUGGCACCCCAUACUCAAGUGGUAAAGAUGACACCUCAAAUAUAACUGUGUAGCUCUUGCCAAAUCUACAAAAUGGAUGUCAACUGGAGUAGAAAAAGUAUAUCUUAAUGUUCCCAGUUGAGCUAAACAUACAACACCUCUUUUAUUUCUGCUUUGUCAAAAUUAGAACCACAUUACUGGCCCACAGAUAUUGUCUUCAUGCUCUGAACAACAGAAAAAACAGCCAAAAUAACCGAAUAAUGUCCACAACCUUCAUCUCUCGGUGCUAACAUCAUACCUAUUCAGAGCUUGCCAUUUCUUGAUUACAUCAGUGACCCCUGUUAAAGUACAAGUGGUGCUCCCUCCAUCUCUUGAGACUCAGUUUUGUGACCUCUCAAGCGCAAGACAAUAUUCUCGGUUCACCUCACAAAUUCUUCCCCCAAACAAUCACAGCUUUGGUUGCGCCCUUUCCCAUCUUUCUGAAUGUGAAGGCACAACUCCAUUGAGAUCUAUACCUCUCUGGAGGCUCUCCAGACCCUUCCAACACCCUGGUUUUGCUUCAAUGACCGCAGAGGGCUCCUCUUUCUUCAUAUCAUUAUCUGCUUGAUUCUGCAGGGGAUCCCUCUGUCAUUCAAGCCUGAAGGUCUCCUUCUUCCUCUGGGUUGUGUAUCCUGUCGGUGCUAAAUUUUCUUCAACAGCAGGAAUCUGCCUCUUCAGUGGAAACACCAAGUUUGAGCUUAAGCUCCUGAAAAGAGGUACAGUGGAAAUUCUUCCAGAAGUUCAAAUUAAAGGUCUGACCAACAGGGAACACCUCCAGAGCUCCCCUACUACCUGUAGUUGUCCACAGAGUAGCCUCCACUUAUCUAACCCAUCACCAGCUGCAUGGUAAGUGCUCUGCCUUUUGACAUAAAGCUGCAUAUCUGAUCAUAAGAGCAGAAAAGCAUUCAUGAUGAGAAAAGUGUAUAUCCUAGGAUAUACAGUAUAUCUAUUAACAAAGUUUUGGGGCCUACUAGGACACUUUUUCACAGAUUUUAAAAUAUCUGGCAGCACCCCUGUGGCCAGCCUACAUUCAAACAGAGCAUCGAUUAUGCCAGUCCAUGACUAGCACAUGAUUCAUAUGACUAAGUAUUCCUCUGAUUCAGAUUGGGCUGUCUGUUCCUUGUAAUUACUCACUUACAGGAUUCUCCCUCUGCCCACGUGAAUGUUGAAGUCUCCGAGAGGAACAGUGAAAUCCCUUCAUGUAAUCUUUUUCAGGGAAAUCAAAGAAGAUGAUACUGAUUGUCUCAUGUAUAGAUUCACAAAGUCAAAGCGUUUCAUCUUCUUAGAGACUUCUCUGAGCACAGACACCUCUGAACACAGCUUCCCUCAGCCAUAUACUAUUGAGUAUUCCUACCCCUGCCAAUCUUACCUCUGGUAACUAGUCCUUUGGUAAAGUCCUGCCCCUGUUCAGGAGUUUUGUUUCAGAAGUGGUUCUAUGCUUAGCAGUGAGCCCAACCAUAUGUGUUUGGCACCACCUUCUAAAUAAUCAGUGUCAGUCUGUACAUUCACAUGUGCAGCUGAGUUGAGGUAUGGCUGUAACUUGUCAAGGGAUUUGGGUGGACUAUGAUCCGAUCCUAGUCCCAGUUUACAAGCACCAGGCAAGAGUCCAUUUAUUGGCAAAAGUGUGUCUACCUUUGCUGUGGUAGGUGGAGGUAUGACCCUUUUUAUGACCCGUCCCCGAGAAAAGUUUGCGUUGUUUUUAACACAGCUAUAUCCUUUUUACGUCCCCUCUUCUACCGCUGAGGUUUUGUGUAUUUCCUAAAGACGCAUUCAUGCUGUUCAACCUUCUUGGUCAAAGCUCGUUAUGUAAACUCUGGACCAUGCACAAAACACUUAAAGGGAUAUUGCGGCAUAAAUUUAGGGUCAAACACACCAUAACACAGAGUUAGACAGCCCAUCGAGAGAUUAAUGUUGCUGACCGUUUGCUUCUCUAGUUAUACCAACUUCAGUAACGGCCACACGAUAGCAAUACACAGCGGCCUCAGGAGCCAUGCGCUCAACCAAAAGGCCACUCUAUAGCCACAAAUAAUACUCAGAACAGCACCUAACUUCACCAAUGGUACAUAGGGUCCCAGCCAUAUCACUAGCCACCAAACAUCUUUUUAGCUUUGCCUAAUUUCUUUAGCAAAGAGACUAAACACAACUUACCUACUCUCUUCCAGCAGCCGCUUGUUUGUACAGAGACCUCCAGGCGAGUCCAUCAACUGCUGCAGGGGGAUGCAGCUCAAGGAAGAACAUUUAUGAUCAUUACUUUAUCAUUUCAUUGAAGUAAUAAUCAUCAUAUUAAUCAUUUUUCACUGCAGACGUGGUAGUUCUUCUGCCUUUGCGUGACUGUCUGAUUGCAUUUCCAUGAAGAAAUGAUCAUAAAGGCUCUUCCCUGAGCUGCGUCACUCCGCAGCAGUCCGUAAUGGACUGGCCUGAGGUCACUACCUUCACCCAAAGUUGGUAUAACUAGAGACGCAAGCGGUCGGCAACAUUAAUCUCUCGGUUGGGUGUCUAACUCGGUGUUACAGUGUGUUUGACCCUAACUUAAUUUGACGCCGGAAUAUCCCUUUCAGGCAGUUUCAGGGUGAUGAAGGUGUAUACAUGUGACAAAAAAAUCGAUCCUAUACCGCAUUCCAGUUUCAGCUGAAUUAACUUGAUCAAUCUUUUUUAACCACAUAUAGACAUGCUGUCUUUGUCUGGUCUGCAAACAUGGCAAGAUCGUACUUUGCCUGCUGCCUGCUGACCCUAUUGUCUUUGUGUCUGGCAAUGGUCUUGCAGGGGGUGGACCCCAUGCAGUUGCUUCGUACUGUGCCCUGCCGGGGACACAUACAUCAAGACUCGGCCUCCGGGCGCUUGCUAUCAAGCUCCAUCACAGACAUGUAGUGUCUAUUGACUGCUGUCGUCUGGUUCCUUCUCAGGGGCUGUAUUGCUUUGGGCAAUAACUCCACAGGCUAACUCCACAGACAACAAAGCUCCUGGGGCCUCUGUUGUUGUUGAGUUCACCCUUUCACCUCAUCUUAUAUUAUCGCUUUCAUCCAUAAGUGAUACAAUCCCACUGGAGUUAUAAAGUUUGUUGUUUUAAAUAAUUUGUCUUUUCUAUUUGAGCAUACAAUCACAAAAUUAUUUUUUUAACGACACAUUUUGGGUCAAUUUAUUCACUCUAGCUUUUUCAGGUGAGUCCAGGUUGGGUAGGUGGUAUGAUGCCUUCCUUGGGACAGCAGUUUAGACACACAGUCUCACAUACUGAUGAAAAACAUCAUGUGGCCCAAACUGAAACUCCAGAGCGAAAGCACAGCAAAGCAUUUUUCUUUGAAGCUACUCUAUUUUUUCGGACUUAUCCCUCUUUCCCUCCCUCUAUCAAAGGUCAUGGGUGACUCUGAAUGUGCCUGUCAGCACUGAAACGCGCACACACACACACACACACACACACACACACACACACACACACACACACACACACACACACACACACACACACACACACACACACACACACACACACACACACACACACACAGAGUUUAGAGAAGUGAAGGCACAGCUCUCCCUUUUUCAGCCAGAUUGGAGUCUGACUCUGGCUUUGAAUUGGCAUGGCCCGUGGCUCCCAACAAACGCUCACAUUUAAUCCUCACUUUCAAGAACUGGAUGAGCAUGUGCAUAUUUCUGUGUGUGCAUGUGUGUGUUUAAUACUGGAGGAGGGGAGAUUACACAUGUCACCUGAGGAAAUAAGAAUCAGAGACUGAGAGAGACAGAAAAAGAGAGAGUGACAGAAUGUGAGCACGUCCAUGUGAGUCCAUAAGUGCGUUCAGCAGCAUGUAUUUCACUUCACGUGGAUUAUGGGAUGGAUGAAAUCUAGUUUAUGAAUAUGGAGAUGCAGCAGCAGUUCAAUAGCCGCACAUAGUAUCCCAUCAGUCUCAGUCUGCUAUAUGACAGGGUCGUAUCAGUGCCUGGCUGUAACAGAACGAAGAGAUCAGCCAGAGAACCAGCAACUCUGGCUAUAUAUACAUAUAAAUAUACAGUAUGUGCUUGGGUGGUAUUUGUGUAAUGCACAUAAUUUCCUUCACUGACUCUACUAAAUUGUAUUAGUUCCCCUUUGAACUUUUGAGAGCAAAACAUGGUAACAUGGUCUCUUGUACAAUCUGCUCUAAAGCUUCCCUCUCCACUAAAUGAGCAGAUUUCUCUUGGACAUUUUUGGAUGUCUCUUAUGUAAUACUUUGAGACAGACAAAAAAAAUUGGCUGCCGCUUCAAAGUGGCAGCGGCUUUAAUCUCAAUUUGUAAUGGUGUAAGUUUGAUAUUUUAAAGCUGUGGAUCGUUCUUGAAUGAUUGGACUUCAAGUACUCAGUGGCAGGCAGAGCAAAGCAGCAAAGCUCUGGGUGCUAAAUUGAGGGAUGAUACAUUAUUAAGCUAGCCACAUGGAUGAAUAUUUUACAUGAUUCUUCACUCUUGACGCUGACUGCGAGCAUCCAGCUCCUAGAUAGCAGGACCCCAGAAUGACAAUCCUGUCACCAUUUGGGGGUCUGAGUAUCAGGUUCAUGCUUUUGGUUUGGUUUAUUGGAAUCUGCUUUUUCAGAAGUCCAGUUACUGGUCAUUCAUAUUAAAAAAAGAAAGAAAUUGAACUUUUUGUUGUUGUUCUUGUUUAAAAAAUUUAUAUCACUUUGUUGAAGAAAUCAAGAGGCUCUUUCUUGCUCACCCACUGGGUCUUUUUACUCUUUCUCUCCUCGUCUUCUUCACACGGUCUUGCUACACUGGUUACUUGCACCCUGUUUCACCAAGACACAAGUGUGCAAGGAAAGGACAUCUGCAGUGGACCAUCAAAGCACGCUGAGAAAAGUAAGGAUGGGGUUGGAGGGUGAGAUGGGGGCAUAUCGCAGAAGGUUGGAUGGUGAAUUAGGGUAGUCUCUUGUGUCGUCGGGAGCAGAACGGUAUGUGCCUGCAGCCAGUCGACCGUGGAUAAGCAAAGGAGACUCUCCUCUAAAUAAUUCAUUCCAAUGGGAGCUUUCUGAACACACGCACGCACAUGCAUCCAGUGUACUCUCAGACACAUAAAUGGGUGCUUCUUGCUAUAGAGUAUAGCACACACACCCACACUCAUGCUCACAAAGAGCAAGCUUCUAAUUUUACUCUUUGAUGAAUAUUCAUAAAUGAAUAAAGGAACAUUGUUUUAGAAUUUUAAAAUGACAUUUUGGUGGAGAAAAAAAGAGCUUUUGGCACUUUUUUUGAGGCAAAAACAAACAUUGUUUUAAUUUUCUGUUGAGUUUAGAAAAAAUCAUACUGUGCCUUAAUGAAUAAAGAACAGCAUGCAUUUAUAUUCAAAGUGACUUAACAACUAAGGUGGGCCAUAGAGCACCUUUAUUUUCAUUUCCUCUAAACCCAAAAUGAUGGAGUGAUUCAUUACAUCUCUUCAUCACCCAUAAAUAACUUGAAAUGUUUAUCAUGUUGAUCGUGCUGUUUUGUGACUCAGUUUCUCACUCAAGAAAAAGUAAGGUACGACUGCAGGAAGAAAUGGAAAGGAAAUUAAGACCUGUAGUGUAUAUAACCUGCUUUCCAUGACAACUGCCACAACAUCAAGCAAGCGCGCAAACUCCUGCUAAGCUCGAGCUGCUGUGUUUAUACUUCGAGAGACAUCCUGCAGAGAACCGGGGAGAUUAAAGAAAGUGAAGCAGACGAGAAUUAUCUAACACACGUACACACACACACACACACACACACACACACACACACACACACACACACACACACACACACACACACACACACACACACACACACACACACACCAAUGUUUGAGACAGAUGAGGAAAAAUUGUUCAGAAAGAAGAGGGGUUUCUAACUGCUCAUAAACUGUGGGGUCAGGGGAAGAAAUUGGUUAAUUCAUUUUGCUCUGGAAUUCAACCUUUGUGGUCAUUUGUGCAGUCUGUUGAAAUUCUGUGUUUGUGGAUUGUUACACGUCAAGAAGAAGAAAAAGCUUUCCAAAAAAAAAUGUUUAAGCCUCUGAAGGUUUGACAUGAUCUUUGCUGUGUCAAUGAGAUGCAAAAGAGAAAGCUAAUCAGCGUUUGAGGGUUGCUCUGUUUUGAUGUUUUGUUGGGGUGUGUGCUUCUCAGCCCUUUUUUUGUAUUCAUGAUAUCAGUCAAUGCUGUGUUACUCAUUACUCAGGGUACUCAGAGUACUUGUGUGUUGGUGAAGUAUUGAGCAUGUUAUUAAAUUAUGUAUUUAUCUAUUUAUUCGGGGGGUGGGUGACCGUAACAAGCAGCUCAGAAUCAAACUAUCGGCCUUAAAGAAGUGGUAUUGUGCUUUUUUCAUAUUUUGACAACAAAUGUUGAGUUAAAAUGUUGGACUUCAUGAGCAAAGUUUCCGAUAGCAAACAUGUCAUUUAAUAAAAAGAAACAUGACUUUGUUGUGUGGCAACAGUGAAGCAGGCUGCUAGAAUGUUGGGUUCUGGGAUGCUGGGGGGCCUUAGAGGGACAGUGGUCUAAAUAAAACGUCUCAUACAGAGGCUGAAAUUAGGGUUUUUAAAGACAGCAGCCUGAGAUAUGUCAAGAAUCUGUGGAACUGUAAAUCAUGUAAAGCUCUUCUGAAGGUAUCAAGCUAUCAAAACCAUACAAAGCACAAUACAGUACCUCCUCUUUAACUUACAUCUGAUGUGCAACGACCCAAUCAUUCAUCAGAAUAAAGCACAUGAUGCGAACAGGUUGUACAGAGUCAUAAAACUGUACAACACAGUGUUGGGUUUUAAAAUGUGCACACUAAAAUAAUCUCUACAGAUUAUGUAAUGCUUUUGUCAUUCUAAUUAACGUGUACUGUGUACAAACCAUCACAAUAAUAACAAGCAUGUAUUUUUGGAAAAGCAGCUCUAUUUCUGUUUCAUAUUUGAUUUGUUGGUUUAAGUUGAUUUAUUUAAAUUCUUCUGCUUUUGUGUGUCUGGCAGAAAUUGCACUGCCUCUUAAUUUAUCUUAAUUGGAUAAUGUGCACAUCAGGAUACUGCAUUGAGUUUAAAAUGUGCAGAACACAUUAAACUAGGAUGCUAAUAUGUUUCUGUAAUUGGUUCUCUCAAUGUUCCCAUCUGUGCAGUUAAAUCCCCACUGCCCUGUAUUUACUGGGUUGAACAAAUUACAUUCCCUGCAUUACAUUAUUUCAAUUGCUACAUUAAAAAUAUUACACUGGUGCUAUUUUUGAUGAAAAUCUCAUGUCUUGUAUGGAGUGCUUAGAUGAGUAUCUAUCAGUAAGUGUUAUUAGCACUCAUGGCUGUAAUAUCUUCUCCAGUUUCUGAAUGAGUUUAGCCGUAAUCAGAGUUAUAGCAUUAUGUAGACCCACUUAAAUAAUAAUGACUGUCAUAGCUGAUGUAGCAACUGAGACUGUCUUUAAUAAGUGAUGUAGUGAUCUUUAUUUUCAUGAAUUUGUAAAACGUCUACAAGAUCAAGUGAAGUUGACAACAGGAUUACCACAGAAUGCAUCAAACCAGAUGAUAAACUAGUUUUGGUUAUUUGUAGCAGUAUGACAAAUUUGAGGCAGGGAUUGUUUUUUUCCCCCAACUUUUCGGGUCUUUUAGCAAACACCACAUAAGUAAGCAGCUAGAUAUACCAACCGCAAAAAUCCCUGUGGUGUAGAUCUGCCAGACUUAUGCUGAAAUAGCCUAUAGGCUUAUUAGUGACCGUGCUGACGUAGCCACAUUGUUCUCCACGUAUUUAUAAUUGGUGUGAAUGUUUAAAACUGCCUGUUGUCCUCGCUGUUUAUUAGCGUGUACGCUGACUCAGCACUAAACUCAUCAUCACUGCUUCUGUCUCUUAAUGACAUGAAACAGGCAUCUACUUUACACAAACAGGAAGCUCAUCCCACACCAUCAAUUAUGCAGCAAAGUUUGUCUCUGUAUAAUGAAACCUAAUUGAAUGUAAUGCAAUUCUUUGUAAUGUCAUCUAUCUGCUUCAGUCUGAAAUAAUAUAAUUGAAAUAAAUGUCAUGUAGUUUGAUAUGACAUAGCCAUGCAAGAUAUACAGUUGUCAUUACUGUUGUUAAAUACAACAUUAUGAAAUAUGAAGUGUUCCCAUGAAAGAGAAACUGCUCCAAAGAAACACCUUUCAGCAAUACAUGAUGGUCUGUUACUCUCUCCUCAAAAAAAAAAACAACUUUCCCUGCUCAUUGUGCAGACAGUUCCACAGUACCCCAGUGCAAGCCUGCUCUACUGAAUUUCAGCUGCUACAUACUGUGACUUAAAUGAACAUGAGUGAAUGUUCACAGAUUAAACAGCUGAACCGACACAAAGGACAUUUGCAACAACAGUUUACCAAACUAACCUAAGAGCACUUUUUUUAAAUUUCAUAUAAAAUCAAAUGUCUGUAUAAUGGUUAAAUAAAAAAGACUAUUUUCAAUUUCAUUAAGUAAUUUUGGUGCCCAAACAUAACCAAACUGUAGCUGAUUCCUCACAGCUGUAGUAUGCUCCUAACAUUUAAAACUUGCAGCGUUUAAAGCGGAGAUAAGCAAAGGUUGGAUAAAUACUGCAGGACUUCGUCAGAGUUUAAUUUUGCUACACUAACCCACCUGCCUGACCUUAAACAAAUCACAGCUACUACUCAAAACAACCAGACUGCAGGACUGAGUCGAUAUAAUUCUCACGUUAUUAAAUUAAGUAAAUUUCACUUCUGUUUAAUAAAGACAUUCAUGAUACUAUUGAAGGGUAAUCCAGUUACAGUGCAUUGUCAUGUGUGCAAGUCAUGUACAUUAUAAUGUAUACACACGUGGUGCACAAACAUCUGUGCAAAAAGUGGGCACAGUGACCUGACACAGUUCGGUGUUACAAGAGCAGACAAGAGGCUGGAGGUGGAAGAAGGGACGGAUCUGCAAAUGCUAAGUUAUCCGAGUUAUACAGUCUAUGCCCGAGGGUAAUUAAUUAGCCUGCUAAUGAGUUUGUGAAAUAUCUUGUUUUCCACAAAAUAUGACUGAAUUAUUGGUUUGAGCGGAGUGGAGUUGUUUUUCACUAGACCAAAAAAGUAAAGAGAGCUUGUGGACACACUUCAGUUUUUGACUCUUCCCAAGGAAGAGUUUGCUGCUUAAAUUUUUCAGGUCUUACAUUUGUCGCCCGAUUUUAACUAAUUUCAUCCUUCAACUUUGAAAGGAACAAACAGGAAAGUAUUGAAGAGUUGGAAUGUGAUCUUUUUAUAUAGGAAUAAUAAAUAAUUUGAAAAAUUAUCGGCUAUUAAACAUAUUUCUUUGCUUGUCGCUUUUCAAAGUCUAGGCAAUGAAAGAGUUAUUGGUGGUGGUAUCAAUCCUCUUAUCUGGAUUUAAGGAAGAAAUCCAUCAAGUCUCCAGCCAAUAAAGUUGGUCUCCUUAUUUGAUUUUUAUCCAUUAUAGUUCCCCAAUUUCAUUUUAGUUUGUCAGCACAUCUUUUUUUAAAAAUUCAUCCUUCCACGAUCUAAUGUAGCGUAUACAUGUGAUUCUAUUUAAAGAGACACAGACCCUCCGGACAUUGGGCCUAUGCUGCUCUGUAGGUUGGGGAUCAGCACCUUGGACAGCGACAGCAGAGAUCAGCCCUGCGGGUGCUAUUUCAGCACCUCAGGCAGCAGCUGGUACCCAACAGACCAGACCCCUUCAUUAUCACGUCAUUUGUGAGCACUGUGACAAAACUGCUGCCCAUCAGUAGCUAAACCUCAGGAUGAUAAAAGACACAGGGCUGCUGCAGAGCAAGAAAGUCUGCGAAUCACACCUCCUGCUGAUUUAAUAGAGCAACAGUUGUUGAUACAACAACCCUGGGCUUUUUUUCUGUCUUUUUUGGCAGAGCUUAUGUGUGUAUGAGUGUGUGUUCUACUUUUUUGUUGCUCUUUUGUUACUUCAUCAUACAGUGAAAAGUAGUAUUUGUAGAGUUUACACGUUUCUGAUAUAUGCCUUUGUCAGAGUUAUUACAAAUACCUCAGUUCAUCCACAAUUAUUGUUUAAAGAUGUUUAAAUUUCAGAUUAUGUGGGUCAUGUAGAGCCUACAGUCUUUCAUACAUUACAUUUAAAAGUGCAUACUUAUCCUUUACUCUUUGUUAGUUUUCUGAAUAAGGUGACAAAAAGUGUCAGCAUAUCUUGAGAUCCUUCUCACAGAAGUGUUAGUCACAGUUUCUGUUAUUUGAAGGUAAUCAACAAGUACUUUCAAAUGUAUCUUGUAGAUUCUGUAAAUUCAACCUGAUUGAUCUGUAUUUGCCUUUUAACCUGCUUGAUAUUCGCAGGAGUGCUACAUACUCAAUCAUAUAACAUUGUUUCUAUCGUAUUAACAGUUAAUAAAGAUGAAAUAUUAAAAUUUUUCACAAACUACUCAAAUGUCUAGUCAAUAUCCAUAUAAGUUCCUAACCCACUUAUUUGUGUUCAAAAACGGGGUGAAGUUUUCUCUUGGGUAUGAGGUCUUCUUCAUAAGGGCGAGCCUCUCUGUGCAUGAGAUGCACUGCAAAUGUGGGUGCGUGACAGAAGGUGCCUCAUUAUCUGCCUGUCUUGUCCAGAGGCAAUUGAAGGUUACACAACUUUCUGUGACUCAAGAUGAGAAAGGGAGACUGGUUUCUCCUGGGACAGCAAGGACUGCGAACUCCUCAUGAGAGAAACGUAACACACACCCAACCGCCCUCUCUGUUGACACCCCAGGGUGCAAAGCCCUGCAGAAUUACCACAUCAAUUGCACACAUACACACGUCUAUAUACAGAUAAACAUAUCCUCCCACACGCAAACAGGCAGACGGAUUCACAAAUACACCGCAUGUGCAGGCUGAUAAAGCAAACAGAAAAAAAUAUGCAAAUACAGAUUUGAAUACAUACACAUUUGCAAACUAACCAAAACAGGUGGAGUCAUAAUUUUGCAUUUGAGCGCAUCAGACACGCACUCACUGAUGUACAAACACAUAAACAUGCAUAGAAACACUCAUGCUUAUGUGCCCAAACACGAAUGAGACACACAAAGCACUGCUGACUCACAUCUGAUGACAUCUUUCGUGUGCCAGAUUUCAUUCAUUUUCUCCAAAAUGGCUCUUGACUGAAGUGUUGUGACAGAUAGACAAACAGAAACACAAAUACACACAAACACACACACACACACACACACACACACACACACACACACACACACACACACACACACACACACACACACACACACACACACACAUAUACACACUGUGCUUAGUGUUAACCUGUGAGAAUUUGUGAUGUGCUAUAAUCAGUAACAAAGAGUUAAAUCCAUAGACUGUAUGUACUACGGACAACUUGGUUCCGCCUUCCCCCAGUAUACAGAUUUGAAGCUGAAAAGUUCUCGGUAAUUCUGUGUUUUUUCUCCUCUUCCUGAAACCAACGUUGCGCAGUAGCGUUGUGUGCAUUUGUAGGGAGAGUCACCGAGAAUAGCUGUGAUGAUGCUCGGCUCAAACAGCGUAUCCCCUGGGUGAGCUACGCAAUCCCUGAAUGCCAGUAGGCUGUAUCAAGUGUCAAUCAAAGAAAACAUGAACCCCUUAAUAACUUUUAAAAAUGGAGUUGUACAGAAAAAAGAGGACUUGAGCACAAACCAGUAUUACAAUAACUACAUGUCAACGUUGCAAGCAGGCGGGAGAAAAAUUUAUAUUCUGUAUAAUAAAUUUCUAAAGUUUGUCCACAGCGGCAUAAGCUUUGCUGGAGGAGGCGGGAUUUAUGACCUAUACUGCAGCCCAUUACCAGAGGGUGCUGUUCUCGGGGUGGCUUCAUCUAGCGAGGAGGCAGACGGUAUCCAAUCUAUCUACACUCUAUGGUUAAAUCUCUGUACGCACAUGUAUCACAUGUAAGGGGGCUCAAUAUUAGCAGUGAGCCUCAACAAGCCAAUAUCCACCCAAGACACGGCAAAGUAAUAGAAAAAGAGCUCCACAUUUCAACUAAGUUAGCCGACAUUUGCCUGAAAGUAUAUUUUUUAACUUGAGCAAUCGCUCUGUAGUUCGAGCACGGCUUUAAAAAAGGCUAGCAUAUUUCCAAGAGAUUCUGUUGCUUUAGUUUUAACCGAGAACGAGUCCAGAAAAGGAGUCUACAAUCACUUCAGUGACCUUCAGUGUCCUUAUGAUCGUACUUUGAUCAACAAAAUGCUCACAAUUGCAAUCUUACCGAGCUGACUUUGGCAGAAAAACAGUCAUCAGGAUACAUUUUCUACGAGAGCUUAUGUCCAAGUAGACGAGGCUACUCUACAGUAUAAUACACUGGAGGGAAUGAGUGUUUUCAGAAAUGACCUAUACCACCUCAUUUCAGGAUCAAGUGACCCUCCAGACCAUGACUGCCAUUGCAACAAUUGAACAAUAACUUUGAGCAGACAGACACACACUCCAUUACUAUUUAACAUUGCCAUUGAGUGAAGUCAUUCCCACAGUGCGUUGUUAUCUGAAGGAGACAGUAUUGUAACACUGCCUGGCAGGAUUGAGUUACGAGGCAUGAGUGACCUUUUCUUUGUAUCAUGUCAGCCAGAUGAAAAACCAAAGAGUAAUCAGAGAGAAGUAUCAUGUUAGAGGUCAAUAAAUAUUUUGUGUGUGUGUGUCUGCUGCUAACUUUCCACAGCAGUGGCUGACAUUGAACUCUAUAAUUAUCUGUAUGACCCUGAAAGUCACCCAGCAUAUGCUUAACUGGGCUGAGUAGACACUGUCCCAUUUGUCCCCCUCUCUGCUGUAAGUUUGAACACUUGCAGUGACAUUUCCACUCUAAUCUCUCCAGAAUCUUUUCAUCUAUUUUUCUCAGCAGUUACAGACUCUAUGAUGUUUGAAAUGAGUGGGUCUGGAUUAUUGAUGAGUGGGGAUUUUUUUUGCAUCAGAUCACUUAGAAGUUUUGCUGAUUUUCAAAGUUUGCAUACUCUAAAAGCCACUUUGAGCCCCACUAAACCCCAAAGUUUAAAGGGUAAUCAGAUUUUCCCUUGAAGUGUUGGUGGUGCCAUUAGUGGUCUACCAGCGGUAGCUUGUGUAAUAUCGUUGACUUUGUGUUUUUCUUUCAAGCUUGUGUGAGAUUUGAUUUCUGUCGCAGCUUUCCCCAGCCUUUAUCACCAUUUUUUUUUAAUCCUUAAAAUAACAAACAGAUUAAGAUUAAAGCCGCAGGAGACAGGCCUGUUUCUACUCAUUUAUUAAAUAUUUUUGCAUCCAGCCAAAUUAUGCAGCCUUUAAUUAUGAGCUCUAGAAAACAAAAACAACAUUCACACACACAAACAAGCCCCAACAUUUCAAAAACACAAGCACACUCUCACACAGAUGCAGGAUAUGUACUCUCCCCUACACUUUCUGUCGUCCCUCUCUUUCUCUCUCUCUCUUACACACACAUUAUCUCACACAUAAACACGCACACACACUGUGCAGCUGCCCACUGUCGUCUGGGAAGGGACCGGCAGGUUUCCAGCCCGCGAGAAUUUGUGUUUCCGAAUGAUUAGAGGCGAGGCGGACGGGACGAUCUCGGAGGCAGCAGCUGCCCGCCCCACGGCUCCAAGUGGAGCAGAAAAUCAGGAUAAUUUCAUUGUGAUAAUCAGCCUCCCGUUAUCCCCAUCACUUCAACUCAUGGAGGAGGAGGAGGUGAGGGAGGGAGUGCAGGGAGAGGGAGUGUGUGGCUGAGAGAGGAGGAGAAGAAAGAGAAGAGGGAGAGGAAGGAAUAAAAAUACAAAAGAGGAAAUGUGGGCCUCGUGCGCAGAUAGCUGCAGAAUAUAUGCAUGUGUGGGAAGGAGUCUGCAUGUCUUUAGUUCGAGUCUAUUCAGAGGAUCUUACUGUACUUGUGAAAAGCUACAUUUAUUCAUGUAUCUCUACUAUCUUUGAGUUGUUUCACCCAAAUUACUCAAUCUGGACGCUGCAGCUUUGCUUUUGAUUGCUCAGAUUUUGUGCACCUGCCACGGUUUUCUUUGGUGAUUCAUGACAAAAACUGAAACUCUACAAAUCUCUUUCUCUUAAGAAACAGCGUCUGAGUUACUUUGAUUGGUUAAUGCGCCUCACUGUCAACUGGUAACUUGGUAGUUUUGUCAAAUACCCGUGAAACAUGAGCUGUGUAGACUCAUAAAGUAAUCUUACAGUUGCUUCUUGGAGGUGAAAAAUCUGGUGGUGGUUCAAGUAUUAUGCAAAGACGGACAAGUGCAAUGCGAGCAAUCUAUCUUGAAUCUCCACUCAUGUUGAUCUUAUAGAGAUUUAUUUUAACGGAUGGUUUAAAACACAUAAGAUUGAUCAGUGAAAGGGGAGACUUUGGUUGAUAAAACCACCACAAGGUACCUUAACUAAAUUAGUAAUUUAAGAAGAUAAAAUUGGAUAGGACAGUAUGGAUUUUACAAUGACUACAACCCUCUUGUUGAAAACAGCCUGGUGCACUCACAGUUUGACCUGAAUCCAUGGUAACAGUCAACAACUCUAACUCUUUUGCUUUCUUAAAAUAUGCUAGCUGAGCUGUACAACGACUUAUAUCUAAACAACCAUUUUUUUUAAUACUUACUUUGAAAUGAAGAUUUCCACCAAUAGUGAAAGUCAGUUUUGUAGAGUUCUCUGCCUUUGUAUCAUCAACAUCUCCUGCCUUUUCUCCACUGUUUUAGUGUCUAAUCAUGGUUGUGGUUAGUCCACAGUAAUCCAAUAUUUAAAAUAUCAUACCUCAUCCUAAAUUCACAUCCAUUAAUGAGUCUGAUCACAGCUGCAAUCCUUACAAUGGUGAAGAAACUGGGAGAAAUAACACAAUAUUGCUAUGAACUGCUCUAUUGUAAUGACCAAUUCCAAUCAAGUGCUUUAUGUGAUAAGUUGAGCCGUUAGCAUACUGAAAUUUUCCUGCCAAAAUUACCUUGAGCUCUACAGUGGCAAAACGAUAAUUUUACCUCUUGAUAGUGUAACACGGAUGAGAGGAGAUCUAAAUUUCUGGGGCAAAGUUGGAAGCUAGAAUUAACUAUGAAUUAACUAUGUCCUAUCAUGGCUAGUGUCUUGGCAAAUAUGUAGUUUGACCUUAAAAUCUAGCCUUAUGUCAGUAUGUCAGGAAUGUAGUUUAGUAGUCCACAUAAUUUUAGCCACACGGGGUAUACUAUCUUUUACGCAUAUUCAUGUGCUGCUGUACCAAUGGAAGGGGUGCUCUUUAAGGAAAAAGGAAUAAAUAACAUGAAUUAUAACAAAUCUCACCGCGAUCAGGUUCAGAUUUCACAUAUACCUUAAAUACAGUGACAACACAGCCACACCAUCAAUAAUGCUCCUGAACUGUGUGCUCCUGAUGUUGUUCCUCUUAGCACAGAUGUGUUUUUUACUGCAACCUUGCAAACACAUGUUUCAAAAACCUCUUCCUUUCAUUAAAAAUAGAAAGACGCCAAGCUUAAAAUGUUCAAACCUUCCACCAACAGCUUAUUUCUCACCUCCAUUACAUUUUCCACACAUAAUAAGAAGCCAUUUGGCAGCACACAGUGCACAGCUCUUCGUCUGAAGUGUUGUUGUUCUCAGCUGUGAUUUAUCAACCAGCUUUACCAUGGCCAUCAGUGUGUGUUUAUUAGUGAGCUGUUAGUGAGUUUAUGUUCCUCUCAGCCUUCAUGUUCUUGCUCUUAUUCUGUCUAUCUGUCUUGCUCUAGCGUGAGUCAGACCUCCUGUUGUCUUUGUCGUGUCCUUUACAGAUUGCAUGUUGUCUGUUUAAUUUUUGGUGGGUUCCUCUCUUUCUUUCCAAGGACUUUGGUGAUAUCCAGUGCAGCAUCUAUCUUUGAAAAACACAGUCUGAGUGUUUCAAGAUUGAUGAUUUGGUCACUCGACUUGCUACACUAACUGCAACACCUUGCAAAAAGAUUCUCUCUGGUCCUACAUGGUGUUCCCAUGACUCUACCCUCACAUUUUCUCUAAAUCAUAUGACCACAGAUAUCCUUGGUGAGACUAUGCCCUUAUGGAUGACUGAGUGUCUGAUGCUGGAAACAUCUAGCCGUGACACAGAGCAGAGUGAGUGCUGUUCAAAUGUCCACAAAUCCAUUCAAACCAAGAAACUCUUUGACAUCUUUGCUUGUGAAGAGAAAGGACAUGAUAGAAAACACCUAAAAAGAAGUGAUAGGUUUUUCAGCUCUUCAUUGACAUCUUCAAGGUCAAUGGUGUUUCCUUUAAAGUGUUGGGCUGAAUACUUGUGA